AAAUACAGGCUGGUGUAAACAUGGCUGCCGCAGUGGUCAGAGUUCUGUCCUUCAGUAGAAAUGCUAAGGUGCUAGCUCCAGCUGUGAAGCUCAGUGCUGUGCCUGCUCGCAGGUACAGUGUAGAGGUGUCCAGCACCGGGGAGGCCAUCACUCAUACCUCGCAGGUGUUUGACGAGAAGGAUCCCAGGAGAGCCAGAUUCGUUGGCAGACAGAAGGAGGUGAAUAAGAACUUUGCCAUCAAGUUGGUGGCAGAGGAGCCUGUGACUGACAUCCAGUCCAGAAUUGUGUCCUGUGAUGGAGGCGGUGGAGCUUUGGGACAUCCCAAAGUCUACAUCAACCUGGAUAAAGACACAAAAGUGGGCACAUGUGGGUACUGUGGAUUACAGUUCAAGCAGAAGCAUCAUCACUGAAACAUUACCUCUGUCUGUGCUUCUCUGUAUAAAUUGCCAUAUUGGUUAAUAAAUUAUAUCUUCUCUGUCUAAUCAAAA